AUGAAUAAUGAUUUUCAUGGAUCAGGUCACCAACCAAGUCCACAAGAUAUUCUUAAUCAUCUAUCUAAAAAAUGGAAUGUUUCAAUAACAAGUGAGGAAUUUGCUCGUAAACUCGAUGAAAAUGAUUCAUUACGAAAUCUACGAGAUGAAUUUUACUUGCCAAAACUUGGUAGUCUACCUAAAGUUGAUAAAUCACGUACAGAUCUUCAAAGUGAUUGUAUUUAUUUAUGUGGGCAUUCAUUAGGUUUACAACCAAAACGAGUACGAACAUUUAUUGAUACUUGGCUAAAAGAUUGGGCUGAUCUAGGAGUCUAUGGUCAUACUUACGGGACAAAUCCAUUUGCCUAUUGUGAUUAUCCAUGUAUUCCAACAUUGAAGAAACUUCUUGGUGCUGAAGAUAAUGAAGUAGGUGUAAUGAAUCAACUGACGACUAAUAUUCAUUUUAUGAUGGUUUCAUUCUAUCGACCGACAUCUGAACGUUUUAAAAUUCUCUAUGAAGAACGAGCAUUUCCUAGUGAUGAAUAUGCUUUUCGAUCACAAAUUCGAUAUCAUGGAUAUAAAACAGAAGAAGCAGUAUUAACAAUAAAAUCACGAGAAAAUGAAGAUUAUAUUCGAACAGAAGAUAUUCUCGAAUUACUUGAACAACAAGGUCAAUCUAUCGCUCUUGUUUUUCUUAGUGGUGUGCAAUAUUUUACAGGACAAUUAUUUGAUAUUGAAACGAUUACUCGAACUGCUCAACAAUAUGGAUGUGUAGUUGGAUGGGAUUUAGCACAUGCGGUUGGUAACAUUCCAUUGAAAUUACAUGAUUGGAAUGUUGAUUUCGCUACAUUUUGUUCAUACAAAUAUUUAAAUUCAGGUGCUGGAUGUGUUGGUGGUAUAUUUGUUCAUUCUAAUCAUUUUAAUAAAGAAUAUCCGAAGUUUGAUGGCUGGUGGGGUAAUCAGGAUGAGACCCGGUUUCAAAUGAAUACAGAAAUUGUUCGAGGUCUUGGAGCAAAUGGAUUUCGAAUUAGUAAUCCAUCUAUUCAUCAAUGUGCAACAUUAGCAGCAAGUCUUCAGGUUUUUGAAGAAGCUGGCAUUGAAAAUUUGAGAACAAAAUCAAAAUUACUCACUCAAUAUUUAGAAUAUUUGAUCGAACAUGAAAUGAAUCCAUCAUCAACUCAUUUUAAAAUAGAUAUUUUAACACCAACUGAUCCUGAACAAAGAGGUGCACAACUUUCAUUUCGUAUUAUUGGUGUUGAUGUUCGACAACUAUUUACUGAACUUGAACGAUCAGGUGUUUGUUUAGAUGUUCGUGGCAAUGUUAUCCGUGUUGCACCGAUACCUCUUUAUAAUUCAUUUAUGGAUGUCUAUCGAUUUGUUUUACUUUUACAAACAAUCAAAUUCUAA